UAAUAGAAUAUCAGAGAAUAUGACUAUAAAAACAAAGCCUAAUAGCCUUAAAGAAAUUCCUAAGUUGUUCACAGAAAUUUAUCAUAGUAUUGAGCCAAGAAUUCAACGUAACAAUCUUGAUAAAUUAAUUUACGAAAUUUCUUUUUAUAUUUUUGAAUUUGAAAUAAGUGGCAUAAAAUGGAUUAAGAAAUUCUGGGAAAAGUUGAAUAAAAAAGUUUCGUUUACUUCUAUACCAGGAAAGACUUACAAUAUAACAAAAGAUGAAUAUAGUAACCAACUUGAACUAAAACUAUCUGAACUGGAAAAUAUUUUAACCAAAAAUGCAUUGAAUGAUCAAUUUAUUAAAAAAUUACCUUUCUAUAAAAGUAAUAAAAAAUUGCAAGCAGUAGUAGAAAUGCUUGUUCUGGAUAUAAUGUCAAUUUUAGAUAGCUUAAAGCAUAACUUAAUAAAGCAAAAUAAUGUACUCUUUUUAGAUGCUAACACUCCUUUAUUAAUUGGAAAAUGUUUACGUAAUCAUUUAGCACAUGAUAAUGCCUUAGUUAAUGUAUUGCUAUUUGAUCCUUUAAUAGCAGUUGUUUUGAACGCUAAAAAACUUAUUGAAGAAAAUAAUAAAAGCAAAGAACAAAUUGACGAGAAAGAUAUAAAAAGCAAAAAAAAAGUUGGUGAGUUAAUAAGCGAUAAUUCUUUCAAUUUGACAGAGAAAUACUCUCAAGACUUAGAUACCAUUACUAAUCAGGAAAGAAUGUUUGCUGCUUUGGAAGAAGGAAAGCCAAACAACUUCAAGGAUUGUCUCGAAAAAGGUGCAGACAUUAAUGCUAGAAGUAUUAAUUCAUGGACCACGUUACAUUUUGCUGCUAAGGGAUCCAGUCCUAAAGUUAUAAAACUUAUUCUUGAUCAAAGUUUAAGCGUUAAUGUGAAAGAUAUUAAUGGUCAAAGCCCAUUACAUAUUGCUGCUGAGCAUGGAAGGAAUAAUAUUGUAGAAUUUUUUAUAAAGGAAGGUUUAUAUAUUAAUGAUUUAGAUAACAGUGGCAAAACGCCAUUACAUGUUGCUGCUCAAAACGGUCACGAGAAAACUGUCGUAGUUUUAUUAAAUAAUAAGAAAGCACAUACUAUUGCCCGAGAUAAAAUUGGUCUUUCACUUUUACACUAUGCAAUAAUAAAUAAUCAUAUAGGUGUUACUAAGAUUUUAUUGGAAAAAACUGAAAAUGCUUAUAAAAUGCUUAAUGAAAUGAUAGGUAACUUAACCCCGUUGCACGCAGCUGCACAGAGAGGUUAUCUAGAGUUAGUUAAUUUCUUGCUCCAAAAUAAUGCAGAUGUAAACGUUAUAAAUGUAGAUUGGACACCAUUACAUUUAGCCGCAUCUAAUGGCCAUUUGGAAAUAGUUAAUAUUCUAUUGAAGCAUAAAGCUAAUGUUAAUGCUGUUGACAAAACCCGUAAUAAUACACCUUUACACUAUGCAGCAAAAUAUGGGCACGAGGAAAUAGUUAAGACUCUACUAAAAAAUAAUGCCAUCGCUAGUAUUGCCACUGCUACAGGUGUGACUCCAUUGCAUAUUGCUGCCCAGAAGGGUUAUCUAGGAAUAGUUGUUGCUCUACUUGACCAUGAUGUUGACAUUCAUGAUAAAGUUGAUAUUUGUGCUAAAGAUCAAGAUAACAUUACACCAUUAUAUUGUGCAGCAAAAAGUGGCCAUAAGAAAAUUUCUGAACUUUUAAUAGAAAGAGGAGCAGAAAUUAAUGCUAAAACUAAUAAUAAUUUAACACCACUACAUACAGCUGCUAUGAACGGCCAAAUAAACAUUGUUAAUCUUCUAAUAAAAAGUAAAAAAACUGAGGUUGAUGCAAUAACUGAUGACGGUAGUACACCGUUGCAUCUAGCUGCUUUUAUCGGCCACAUAGACAUUGUUAAGUCUCUAAUAGAAAGUAAAAAAGCUAAGGUUGAUGCAAUAACUGUUCACGAUAAUACACCGUUGCAUCUAGCUGCUUGUAACGGCCACAAAGACAUUGUUGAUCUUCUAAUAACAAAAGGAGCUAAGGUUAAUGCAAUAACUAAUGACGGUAAUACACCGUUGCAUAUAGCUGCUGCGAAAGGCCACAAAGACAUUGUCGAUUUUCUAAUAAAAAAUCAAGCUAACGUUAAUGCAACAGCUAAAGACUAUGAUACACCGUUACAUAUUGCCGUGAAAGCAGGUCAUAAAGAAAUCGUUGAGAUUUUGGUAACAAAGGGAGCCGAUGUUAAUGUUAAGAGCGACAACAUAACACCAUUGGUUUCUGCUAUAAAAUAUAAUCAAAAAGAAAUCGUUAAAGUUCUUAUAUCAAAUGAAGUUGAAGUUAACGAAGAAGGCUUAGCUUUAUUACUAGCAGUUCGUUCUGGAUAUACAGAUAUUGUAGAAAUUUUGUUAAAAAACAGAGCUUAUGUUAAUGUGAACGAUCUUGGAAAUGCUGCAUUUUUGCAUUUGGCUGCUGGUAGAGGUCAUAAGGAUAUAGUGAACGCUCUGAUAACAAAAGGAGUUGAUGUUGAUGCAACUUAUAGUAAUUUAACACCAUUAUGUUUUGCAGCACAAGAGGGUUAUGAGGAAGUAGUUGAGAUUUUAAUAGCACGUGGCGCUAACUUUAAUUUUAUAUCUGACGAACAUGUUACACCAUUACAUCUGGCAACAACAAGUGGUCAUGGUAAUGUUGUAAAAGUUUUACUUGAUAAUAAAGCAAAUAUUAAUGUUAAGAAUAAUGAGAAUAGAACUCCUCUAGAAUUAGCAGUGGCACAUGGUCAUUUAGAAGUGGUUAAAAUGUUACUACUGCAGGACUACAAAAAAAUAGAUAUAAAUGCUAAAGGUAACGAUGAUUGGACGAUAUUGCAUAUUGCUUCACAAAGAAAUAACUUAGAGAUUAUAAAAUAUCUAGUAGAUAAGGGUUCUAAUGUUAAUGCUACAACUGCCUUUGGUUUAAAACCUAUACACAUUGCAGCGGUAGAAGGUUGUAAAGAUACUGUAGAGUUUUUCUUUAGUAAGGGGUUAAGUAUUAAUGAACUUGAUGCAGCUAAUAAGACAUUACUACACUAUGCAGCAUUGAAAGGUCACUUGGAAGUUGCGAAGUAUUUGAUAACACAAGGCGCUGACAUUAAUGCUAAAGAUACUGAUGGCUUAACUCCUAUGCAUAUUGCUGCUAAUUGUGGUUAUAAAGACGUUAUUGAAGUUUUAUUAAAAAAUGGAGCAGUUUAUAACGCUGUUGGCAAGUUUCAUAUAAUACCGUUACAAAUAUCUAAGGAUAAAAACGUUUUCAAUUUAUUAGAAUCAACUAAGAAAUUGUUCGAGGCUGUAAAACGUAAUGGCUCUUCAGAUGUUGAGAAUUACAUUAAAGCAGGGGCGGUCGUUAACGCCAAAAAUGUUAAUGGAACAUCAUUACAUUAUGCUGCGUGGAAAGGCUAUGACAGUAUUGUCAAUAUUCUAUUACAAAAUAAAGCUGAUCCUAAUGCAGUUGAUAAAAAGGGAUUUACCCCUCUACAUUAUGCUGCUAAGUUUUGUCGCUUAAAAGUUGUAAAACUCCUAUUAUCUAAUGGUGCAGUAUAUAAUGCAGUUUCUGAUGGUAAAACACCAUCAGAUUUUACUGUAGAUGAAAGUAUUACUCGCUUAUUUCAAUUACUGCGUGACUCUUUUAAAAAUAUUAAAAAUAAUGAUUCUCGAGUUAUUAAUGAUCUUAACAAGAUAAAGGAUAUUGAUACAGUAAAAUCAAUAAUGAAUGCUCGUAAUGAAGAGAACAAAACUCUAGUAGUUUCUGCAGUGCAUAAUAACUUUUCAGAAGUCGAACAGUUGAAAGAAGUAUCACAAGAUGGUGUAUCCGCUCAGAUUAAUCUAGGUUUAAUGUUUUAUAAUCGAGGCGAUUAUCGUACGGCUUUAUGUAUUUUCGAAAGCGUAUUUGAAAAAAGAAAAGAAAUACUAGGAUCAGAUAAUCCUGGCACUUUAGAUAUUCAGACAUACAUAGGUGAUGUAUCAUAUGCACAAGGGGCUUACCAAGAAGCUUUAAAUACAUUUAAAAAAAUUUUCCAGAAACAAAAACAAAUGUUGGGUUUGAAUGAUAAGAGUACUUUAAGUACAAGAAGUAAAAUUGCUUUAGUGCUGCAUAGACAGGGAAGGAAUAAAGAAGCUUUUAAUAUUUAUCAAGAAGUUUGCCAGAAGCAAGAUGAAAUACUAGGGACAAAUCAUUUAGAUACAUUAGAUAGUCAGUUUCACAUGGCACUAGUAUUAGAUGCACAAAGAAAAUACGAAGAAGCGUUAAAUAUCCAUAGAACAGUUUUUGAAAAAAGGAAAACAAUAUUAAGUGCAGAUGACCCAUCAGUUUUGUGUAUUCAAAAAAAUAUAGCGGUGGUACUGGCUAACCAGGGUGAGCUUGAAAAGGCAUUGACAAUUUAUAAAGAUGUUUACGAGAGGAAGAAAAAGGUUUUAGGUAUUGAUCAUGACGAAAAGAAGAAUGGAAAGUCUCGACUUUUUAUCGACUUCCGACGAGUCAAUGAAGUCACAAAAAUAGACGCAUAUCUCUCGUUACGGAUCUUCGCAACACUCGAUAAGUUGCUGGAAACUUCGUGUCUUUCAAUGCUGAACCUGAAAAACGGAUAUUGGCAAGUGCCUUUAUCUCCAAAAAGCAGAAAAAUUACAGCGUUUAUCAUGCUCAGUAAAAGCCUGAUGCAAUUCACGUUCCAGUUGAAUACCGUACUCGGACCAGAGCUGGAGCUCAACGUGUUUGUCUGCCUAGGUAUCAUUGUUAGCCAAACCUUCGACAAAUACCUCUGCGAGAACAUCCGGAUCGACUUGAGAAGAUCAGUGCCAUCACCAACUGUCCCGUUCCACAAAAUGUAUGGUAAAUAUGACAGCUUUCUGGGCGGAGUGGUACCUUGGUAUUGCUAUGAUUUAUUAAAAGAUUCGCCAUCAUUGCCGCCCCACUUAUCGCACUUACACAACAACAAGCCGCAAAUGAAUCUGGGAAACCGCCGAAUAAAUUGCGUUCAAUCAACUUCGAAGCAAACCUUGACCGAUGCUGAUGUGUCCCAACUUCAGGCGGCAGUUCAUUCUACAGACAGAUGCCCAACGGGAUUGAUGGCCGUCUUGACACAAUACAUUCCGGAAGGAGAGCGGAUGAUCGCAAACCGCACGCUCAAUAAGUCCAAACGUAAUUAUCUGGACUGGAGUAUCUGGCCGUCGCCGUCGUCUGGCGCAUAA